ACCGCAAAACCGAGCCCCAUCCAAAAGCUUCGACGUUUUCCUUCGAGCCCUCUCGUUGUCACUCAACCACGAGCAACUGAGUUUUUGAACUCUUGAAUCAACGUACCGAAGUAGAAACAUACGAUGAAUUCUAAAACUGACAAGUUGGUGAAAAGGAUUACCAUGGUUGCAACCAUAACUGCUUCUUAUUUUCUCUUGACCGCUGACUAUGGCCCUGAACCCAAUGUUCUUGACCCCAUCAAGAAGGGAAUACUUUCAGCAGAGAAUACUGUCAAAGAGUAUAUUUUUGGAUCAAAGGGAGAACCUCAAGAAAGUAAGCUAGGGAAGUCAGAUGGCAAUAAGGAACAUCCAUAGGACGAUGAUCGUUUCGUGUAUGAACAUCAUGCUCUGUAUCAAGAUUUUGUUUUAACCCUUUGAACUUGUGAAUGCUUGUAAUCUGAUGUUUCAAUGCCUAGAACUCUUGAUGAUGUUGCCGUAUGAAGGGUAAAUGAUAAUAACCAUGUUGCCA